GAUUGGCAGAGAGGGGUGGAGCACACUGAAUGGAAGCCAGUGGAGGGAUUGGCAGAGAGGGGUGGAGGACACUGAAUGGAGGCCAUUGGAGGGAUUGGCAGAGAGGGGUGGAGGACACUGAAUGGAGGCCAGUGGAGGGAUUGGCAGUGGGGGGUGGAGGACACUGAAUGGAGGGAUUGGCAGAGAGGGGUGGAGGACACUGAAUGGAGGCCAGUGGAGGGAUUGGCAGUGGGGGGUAGCAGACACUGAACGGUAAGCCAAUGAGGAGGGAGUUGCAGUAGUCGAGGCGAGAGAUGACCAGGGAGUG